CGGAGACACCGAGGCAGCGAUGGCCCACGAAGGCUCGAGGCAAGAGCGGCAGGCCCGAGACCGUGGGGUGACCCGGUCGAAGGCUGAGAAGGCCCGGCCGCCCACCGUGCCUGUGCCUCAGGUGGAUAUCGUGCCUGGGCGGCUGAACGAGGCCGAGUGGAUGGCGCUGGCAGCUAUCGAGGAAGGCGAGGAUGUGGUGGGGGACAUCUUGGCGGACCUGCUGGCCCGAGUCAUGGACUCCGCCUUCAGAGUCUACCUAUCCCAGCAGUGUAUUCCGUUCACCAUCAGUCAGGCCCGCGAGGCCAUGCUGCAGAUCAUUGAAUGGCGCUUUCUGGCCCGGGACGAAGGAGAGUCCGCUGUGGUCAACGAGCCCACGUGGGGCGAGGACGAGGAGCCCUUGGCGUGCACCACAGACGCCUGGGCCCAGGGCUCCGUGCCGGUGCUGCAUGCACCCACCGCGGUAGGGCCCGAGGACAUCCCCCUAGAAGAAGAGGGCACGAGCGUGGACCUCAGCUCUGUGAGGUCGUGGAUCGGUAAAGGGUCGCAGGAGCUGAUGACAUCUUGGGAGCUGCCUCAGUCCCCAGAGCCGGGGGUCAGCCUGGAGCCCCAGCCAUCCAGGGAGCUGUCUCCGGAGGCAGGGCCCGGGACUCCAGUGGAAGACCAGGAGAAGGGCGGCUCCCUCCCAGCGCCAGAGCAAAUGUCGCCCUCCCGCAGUCCCCAGCCUGUCCAAGAGCAGUUCGCAGAGGCCAUCUCCUGGGUCUCCCCGGAGGAGACCGAGAUGGAGACGGGACUGUCCUCCAGCUCCCUGUUCUCGCUGGAGGACCUCCGUUACUGUCUGGCCCAGCCCGACGACGGGGCAGGGGAACGGGCCAAGCCGCAGAAGGAGGGGGCCCAGCUCGCCUCCGACGAGUGGGGGUCCAGCUUCUCCGAGGAGCCCCCAGCCCAGCUCAGCGGCAAAGCAUCAGUCCCACAGCCACCCAAGCCCGGGCACGAGGAAGGGAGUUCGCUUAGCUAUGCUGGCCACCGCCCCGAGCGCGCGGCGUGCCUGGACCCCGGGCGGUUGCCGCGCCCCUGGGUACGCCCCCUGGUACAAGUCCUGCCCCCAGACUCCCAGCUGCGCCCUUUGGAAACUUACCGGGGGCGCCCGCGCAAGCGCCGGCCGCAGGGCGCACAGAGGAAUAGGUCCUUCCCAGCCUGGCGCCCCGUCCCCCUGGCAGCGUUUGGCCCACUCCAGCGGGACAUGUCCUUUCAAGACUUGGACCCUGGCCUUGGCCUCCACUCGCCCACUUCAGAUUCACCCUUACCGCCUUCUGGGUCGAAGCUGCACUUCCUCGCCUCAGGGUUCCCCUUCCGCGCCACACACCCCACACUCUCCACCGUGGCCCAGAGUUCCAGCCCUAAGCUGUGGCCCAGUGCCCAGUGGCCCAGAGGCUGCGAGGGCGAGGCCGAGCUGCUGGGGGAGCUGUGGGCCGGCCGCACCCACGUGCUGCCAAGGGGCUCUGACGCCGCGGACCCAAAGCAGCAGGACUCUGACAGGUGGCCUCAUCCCAAGAUGCUCAAGGCCACCUCCCAGGUGAUGUGGAAACCCGUGAUGCAGCCCGAAGCGCUGACACUGUCCCCUGGGGUGAGCCUGUGGGACCCGAGCACUCAGACGCUGCUCAGGUCCGGGGAACCCCGGCAGUAUUCGGAAGAGCCGUUCUUGCCCACCACGCAGCAACGCCCCAUCCAGCCGUGCCCUCCUCAACCCGAGGUGACUGUGGCCGAGCUCGCGAACACUGCGCCUCGAGUGUGGUCGCUCUCUUCCAAGCAUUUGCCCCAUCCUUGGCCCUGAGCUGCGGGCACUGUGAGCCUGCCUCCCCUCUGCCAACCUGCCAACAAUAAACACCCCGGCUGCUGCUCGA